GUUUCUUGUAUCAAGUUAGCUUUGAAGCCAGAUUUUCAGCAGUAUCAAAAGCAGUUUUCGAAGAACUUUGAACUAAUUGCUUAUUAAUUUAGUUGUAUUCUCGCGCGGCUGGGAACCUUUUUUAUUGCACCGAAUCUAUGCCACUGGCAGGCUUUUGCUGUCCGUUGUCAAUCUGUGACGACCUGCCACCCUUCAAGCAGUCGCUCGCCAUGCCGCUGUUCAACAAGAAGUUCGAGUCGAAGCCGAUCCCGGUGCGUCAGGGGCGGUGCAACAUCGGACAUCCUGUGGCCACCGAGGAACUGGACGACUUCCGCCAGAUCUCCCUGACCCUGGGCAACAAGGAGCUGCGCUUUGCGGACGGCAUCUGGAUGCAUUCGUCCCGAAAGGGCGAUGUGGAUGACAUGCUGAGGCUAAACAAAAAAUUCCGGGCCCUCGAGGAGGAGAACAACAUGUGCAACCUGAAGAUCGAGGUGAUGUUGGACCUGCUGGCCGAGCAUGCCACGGAACUCAAUGAAUUGAAGCCAAAGGAGAAAUGAGAUGAAUAUGUUUUAGGAAUGUAUCUAGGACAAUAAAGGGUGGAAAUUGAGGAUAACUUUGACGACACUUAAUAAA